CUGCGCGCGGCGGCCGGCAUGGAGCUCGCGGAGGCGCGGCAGGGACCGGUGUGCAGUCGCGCGGCUGCGGUGGCAGCCCCAAUUCCCUCCAGCCGCCGCUCCGGGCUCCGGGUCCCCGGCCCCUAGACGCCUCUUCCCGCGCGUGUCCCUCCCUGUAUGGAUUCACCUCGGACUGGACAGAUGCUGAGCUUGCCCUCCGAGCUUAGCAGCAACAACUUAGAGCUGGCGCAGCCGUCGGCAUCAGUGAACCGUGUAGAUACGGGCCCCCAUCAGGAGGCGGCUACGAAAGGCCCCUCACCUCUACCGAUGCGGGAGCCAGAGCGAGAACAGCCUCCUAAGGCCUCGACGCCGGAGUGCAAAGUCCUGCUCACCCAGGCCGACGCCCUGGCGUCCGGGGGGCGCCUCCGGGAAGCUCUCGAGGUGUACAGACAGCUGUCGGAGCGUCAGCAGCUGGUGGCCCAACAGCUGGAGCAGCUGGUGCGCUGCCUGGCCGAUAACGUCCCGCGAGGAGAGGCGCUGGCUCCGGUGCCCGAGGACCGGAGCAGCCAGGCAAGCUGCGUGGUGAUGUCGGAAGAGGCAGGGGUGGCAACAGCUGCCGAGGCCACCGAGGUGUGGGAUGGCUUCAAGUGCCGGAAGUGUCAUGGAUUUCUGUCAGACCCCGUGUCCUUGUCGUGCGGCCACACCUUUUGUAAACUGUGCCUGGAACGCGGACGGGCAGCCGACCGGCGCUGUGCGUUGUGCGGCGUAAAGCUAUCCACGUUGAUGGUGGCCACUGGGAGGGCGCGCGGAGCCCGGCGUGCUGGGCAGCAGGCGCCGCCACCCCUGAGGGUCAACGUGGUGCUCAGCGGUCUCCUCGGCAAGUUGUUCCCUGGUCCAGCACGGGCGUCGCAACUCCGGCACGAGGGCAACCGACUGUACCGCGAGCGCCAGGUGGAAGCGGCGCUGCUCAAGUACAAUGAGGCAGUCAGACUAGCUCCGAAUGACCACUUGCUUUAUAGCAACCGGUCUCAAAUUUAUUUCACCUUGGAGUCUCAUGAGGACGCACUGCAUGAUGCAGAAAUAGCAUGUAAGCUCCGCCCAAUGGGUUUUAAGGCACACUUCAGAAAAGCACAAGCCUUAGCCACCCUAGGCAAGGUGGAAGAAGCACUAAGGGAAUUUCUAUACUGUGUGUCCCUGGAUGGAAAGAACAAAAGAGCAAGAUCUGAAGCCCAAAGGCUUCUCCUUAGUUUCUUUUCACCAUCAGUCCCGGGGGAUUCUCAGGAACAUUCUCCCGAUAUCCUGAAGCUGUUGGCACCUCACCCUAGAUUAAAGGAACACGUAGAGUCAAUGGCUACUGAAGGCGCCAGCCAUAAUCUACCAAAGUUGUCACAGGAAAAUCCGGAGCUCCCACAUUGUUCUAGUCAGGAGGAAACAGCAGCCACUGGGGGCUCCAAGAGCCUGAUGAACCCAGCAAAAGUAAAGGAAGAUGGGCAACAAGGUAACAUGAGAGACCAGGGAGAAGAAGAGGAGAAGGGGGUCUCUGCCUUCCCAGAAACUGCCUCCAUCAAGACUGGCAAAUGCCAGGAAAAGAAAAGGAAACACUGUCAAGUUGAACCCCAAGACCCAGGGGUGCCUAAUAAAGCCUCUAAGCCAGAUCCUCCCACAGAUAUGGGGACCAAACCUGCUCUCAGUGUUCCCCUCGCAUCUUUUGACGCAUCUGACCUUGAAUGCUCCCUAUGUAUGAGAUUAUUCUAUGAGCCAGUCACAACACCUUGUGGACACACAUUUUGCUUAAAAUGCCUUGAAAGAUGCCUAGAUCACAACGCAAAGUGUCCACUGUGCAAAGAUGGUCUUUCACAGUGCUUGGCAUCAAGAAAAUACAGCAAAAACAUCAUAAUGGAAGAGCUAAUAGCUAAAUUCCUUCCAGAAGAACUCAAGGAACGAAGGAGGCUUUAUGAAGAGGAAAUGGAAGAACUUUCUAACUUAAACAAGAAUGUGCCUAUUUUCGUGUGUACUAUGGCCUAUCCCACUGUUCCCUGUCCCCUGCACAUCUUUGAGCCUUGUUACCGUCUGAUGAUUCGUAGAUGCAUAGAGACAGGCACAAGACAGUUCGGCAUGUGCCUUGGAGAUCCUGUCAAAGGGUUUGCAGAAUAUGGCUGCAUCCUAGAGAUCAGAAAUGUUCAAUUCUUUGCUGAUGGCCGCUCAGUGGUUGACAGCAUAGGCAAGCGGCGCUUCAAGGUCCUCCAUCAGGGCCAGAGAGAUGGUUACAACACAGCUGACAUUGAAUACAUUGAAGACCAAAAGGUUCAAGGACAAGAUUGUGCUGAGCUCAUGGGAUUACAUAACUGUGUCUAUGAGCAAGCAUCAUCGUGGUUUCAUUCACUCAAAUCAUCUCUGAAGAAUCGGAUACUCAAUCACUUUGGUCCAAUGCCAGAGAAAGAUGCAGAUCCCCAGGGUAACCCAAAUGGUCCAGCCUGGUGCUGGUGGACACUAGCAGUUCUUCCAUUGGAAAGCCGAGCUCAGCUCCCAUUCCUAGCAAUGAGGUCCUUAAAGGAUAGACUGAACGGUAUUCGGCGCGUCCUGGCCUUUAUAUCUCGAAACCAAAACUAGUCAGAGUGGAUUGCCGAAGAGAAACUUCCACCCUCCCCACAGCCUAGGGGAGUUGUCUUGUAAAUACAUCUAAUUGCAAUAACAUCUUAACAGAAGGAAGUAUCAAACAGAGGCAUUACGCUGCUGUUGAUCACAGAGAGACAUUGAGUAGAAAGACCAAAGAAUGUGACCUGUUAGAAACUUUCUGUCUUAAGAUACUUCUUGACAUGCUGCACAACUACACACACAGCAGGGGUGUUCAAGAGCCCAGAAAAAAAUACUGCUUUUAACAUAAAAGUUUCUGAAAGUUUAAAGUGGUUUCCUUUAAUUUUCUUUCCUUCAUUGGUGAAUGACUAUGUGAUUGAAAUGUGAAGCAAAGAUACUAAUAAUGUUGCUGCAUUAUUACACUGGUUCAUGGUCCUUUCCAAAUGGUUUAGGUUUUAUAAAGCAUUGUGUAAAAUAAUAUUUAUACUUCUUUCUGUUUUACUAAUUUAUUUUUUGCACUACUGUAUCCUUUUUUUCUACACAUAUGUGUAUAACUAUUUAAGUAUACAUUACUGAAGUCAGUUGCUUUAUUUAUUGAUGUAAUUUGCCAUGUAACUAAGGGGAAGUAACAAAACUACAAAUGUGCCAUUUUUGCUUUAACCAGUUUUUACUAUGUUUGAUCCCAGUUCUUGAACUAUUUUUGUAUCUCUCCAAUUGGAUGCUUAAAGGGAGUUCAGAAUUAUGCUAAGUCAUCUAUCAUCACAGAUUCCAUUUUGUUUUCAGUUUGAAUUCAACAACAUAAAAUACUUAAGGGAUUUGGCAUAGACUGUAGAAUAAACCAGGAUAAAGUAAAAUAAUCCAUUUUCUAUGUGUUAUACAGAGCAAGGCUGAAGGAAUUAUUUUUCUGGAACAAAGCAAUGAAUCAGAGGAGUGUCCCUUAUUACAAUCUAUUAUAAGCAUUUAUCUCAGCAAUCUAAUUCUAAGUGUUUCUAAUUUCUCCCCAGUUCAGUUACAAAUGGGAUUUUUAAGCAAGAUAAUAUUUAACCCUUCAGAGGGAAUAGUUUUUGGCCACAUCACAGCUAGAUCCAACUAACAUCCAUACCCCACGUCUUCUCAGGGCUCUGAGGAUCACAACCUGGCCAGCAUGUGUGGAAACACUCAAAGAACUGUUCAUUAUGAAAAGUGUAAAAAACCUGGUUGAAAAGGUAGACUGCUUUAAAGAAAAUACUAUAAUUUUGGUUUUUAGGAUCUUUUUAAAAGAACCAAAAAGUUAAUCCAUGAUUUUAUCUAACCACUGCCUUUCUUCCUAGUUGCAGUGGGCCAAAGAUUUCAAUAUAGAGGAAGAAUGGUAGAUAAGGAGUGAACCCUGUUUUAGCUUGCUUAGAGUUAAUGUGUUUCCUUCAGUGCCAGGAGAACCUGAAAAAUAGCGUGGGUAUGGAAGUGUUAUAAUGACAGAGUGAAGAGAUUAGGGCAGGGGAGAAGUGAAUUGUUUGUGCCAUUCCUACCUUUACACAAAUGAUCCCCCUACCCCACCCCGCCCCAUAAUUCUAGAUGGUUGCAGUGUGUUAUUCACUUGAAGCCUAUCCACUCUGUUAAGGUGAAAGGUUAAUGCCUCAACAAAUUACUCUUGAUUUCUUCUAUCACCACCUCUGGCCAGAAACAGAAAAGGCAGAAGGAGAUGAUCUGCACUUUCUUAACGGAUGCUGCUGUUGUCAGAGCAUCAUGUUACUAGGUUUGAUGUUUGGAACCAGACUGGGCUGGUGAGAAACAGCAAGAUAGGCAUGGUUACUGCCCAAGCAAACUUUACAAGACUCAGAGAGCAUGAAAUUACAGGCUCCCCCUCCGACUUGGUGCACAACCAUGUGGCCAUAACAGCCCUACUUUAAUAGUUUCCUAUUAUCUAGUGUAAACUCACCCCUCAAAAGGGUCAUAAGCAUCUCUCCUUGCUAGAUGUGUUACUUUGUGAUUUAACUUUUUCCUGAGCCCCAGUUUCCUUAUCUGGCAAAUAGUAAUGAUAAAUACCACAUAUAGGGUUGUUAUGAACAUUAAAUGAGAUAAUAUAUGCAAAUCACUUAGCACAGUGCCUAACUUAUAAGAAACAUUCAAUAAGUAAUACCUGUGAUUAGAUUAUUCAUUGUUAUGGAAUAUCACCAGGGGCCUACAUUUGCAUAAAAUGCUGCCUUUAUGCACAACACCCAUUUUAACUCUUUUCAACUCGGUUGGGAGAAUCCACACCACUAAGUUUUGGACCAUAACUUCAUGCUUUACAGAUAAUUCCUUUUGGAGUCAAGUCUGUUUGGGAAAGUGAAAAGACUGGAAAACAAGGGUGAGAGAGAAGGGACAAUUCUGUGUUGGCAAAUUUUUCUUAUUUGUAUAGGGCUAAAAAACAGUAUUGUUUGGAGGUCUAGAAUUUCUGAUAAAAUGGAAGCCUUAAGUUCUAGCUCCAUUAGAAUAACCAACUAAUCACUCCCUGCCCUCCAAAAUUUAUUGAAAAUCUUGGCCAUGCCAGGGUGAGUGAAUUUUACAAUCUAUGACUUUUGUGCUUAGUUCAUGCUAUUUCUUUUUGCUCCUCCAACAAAUAUGUAUUGUGAACCCACCAUAUACCAGAUAUUGAGCCAGAUGAUAUCACAUACAUGAGCCUGCUAAAUCAUUUUAUUUCUCACAUCCACCCUGUGAGAUCACUUAUCAUCCCCAUAUUAUUGGAUGAGAAAGCUGAGGCUCUGCAAUGUUAAAUACUUUGCAUAAGUAGCAUAAUCAGCCCGUAAAUAGCCAGGCUUGUUUUUGAACUAAUUAUUUUGCAGAUAUUUAACAUUUUCAAUAGUUUUUGUUAUGCAUAACUUAUUAAAUAGGCAUGACAGAAACAUCCCAGAAGCUCACAAUGGGAAGUUGCAGGUUAAGGAAAAUUAAAUUACCCAACAUAUCUACUCAUUCUAGGUGGAAAGGGAAGCUUGAAUUUUUAAAAAUAAAAGUCCAUGUCAUAGAAUGCUUCCUGUUAAGUGAGCAUUUCAGCAAAUUUAGAUCUUGGUGAGGCAGAAUUGCACUUUGCUCUCAGUAGCCUAGAUUCACAUUUGGGUGGGUUUACAGCCAGCUUUUGUUUUAGUAGUGGUGGGAGGCAGGAUGCGAGGCUAAGCCUCGGCUUUCUUUUGGAUGUCCUUGAAUGGGUUAAUCAGUUAGACAUGAUCAUUUACACCUCUCUUGAUUUUGCAGUAAAGCUUGGAAAUGAAGAGUAUACAGAAAAAAGACAUAAAGCUAAAUCUAGGCCUGAAGGACAAGACUUCUCCUUGGUAGACAGUGCCAUAAUAAAUGGCUAGUUUUCCUGUCUGUCAGGACCCAAUCUUUUCCUAGUAGGUUAUUUUCUCUGUGUGUGUGUGCACCCAUGUGUGUGUGUAUAUAUGGUACCAAGCAGAUAUUAUGCCUUUCUGCCUUGUACUAUACUACUGCUGCUAGCUAACAAACAGCAAAAUGUAGAAAAUAGAAAAUGAUAAAGUGAAUUUUCUGUAGACAACUUAGAGAAAAAAGUGCUUCCCCUGACUUGGGGGAGGAGAGCAGGGAACUGAUUAACAAUUUAUCUUUUCUGAAGGCUGACUGCUAGUGGAGUCACUGCCCAUGUGGCACUUCCAGGUCUGCUUGUGGAGCUUACCUGGGCUCAGAUAACCCUUCGUGACCAACCAUUGGAGCAGUGGACCUCCUGAGUGGUUCACAGCCCACAGAGGUCUCUUACUGUCAAUAUAUUGCACACUGUCGAUGGAUUGGAACCCUAUUGGGUACUGUUUCCCCCAUGCCAACUCCAUUUCCAAGAUGGAGUUUUAUUCAGGGACACAUUCCUUGAGUUUCUGACGUGUUGACUUUGUAUUCAUUUCUGUGUACCAAGGCAGAAUCAUAGCAGAGGUGUGUAAUAAAGAUGCAAAUGGAAAGCAGCUGAAAUAAUGGAAAAGGACAGAUUUUUGAACCCAUUCUUGAGCUUGUGGAUUGAGGUUUUGAUUUAUGAUCAAAGGCAGUUCUGAAAAGCAGUCAGCUGCAUGGGCUGCAAUUUGUGGCCCUUCCUGAGUGUAGAGAGGAAGAAGGAAAGGGAACCAUGUAAAAUGUAUGCAUUCGCCCUGGCCAGUGUGGCUCAAUUGGUUGGAGCGUUGUCCUGUAGCCCAAGGAUUUUCAGUUCAAUUCCUGGUCAGGGCACAUACCUAGUUUGUGGGUGGGUUCAUU